AUGAUUUCUACGGAUCAUGCGCUGAAAGACCACGAAGAAAGAGAAGACGACGCCAUAUACCUGUCCAAAGCCAAACAGGGUGCCACCAAGCUGGCCCAGAUGCUAAAUGCCCCUCGAAUCGCAAAUGGAAAAGGGGAUCCAGCCCAAGAGAUCGAGAAAUCUGUUGUGCGUCUUGGAAAAACCGCCAUGGUUGUCGAUGAGACAUUCGAUGCGCAACCUAUCCACAGCCACAUUUGGAAUUCAUUCAUGUCCCUUGAAUUUCGCUUCCCCAAAGCAAAUUUUACCUCUCUGCAAUAUCUACAAACUUCUUGGAAGGGACUCGAGUCUGGCGAUACUCUCUUCACCAAUGAGGGAACACCAACCUUUGAGGAAGUAUCCAUUGUUUCGGGCGUUUGUCUAUUCAAUGCAAGGCUGUUAGCAAUGAGUGCAACCAGCCCCAAAACUGGCGGCGUUGACAUUGCUCUACUCAGGGACUCGAUCCCUACAUACAAUGAAUUGGAUUAUAUUGCGCGCUCCUCAAGCGCCAUCGCCGAUGUCGCUGCUAUGAACAUCUCACGAGCUCGCGAGCAGGGGUCUGAGCGGCGAAUUAAUAUAAAGCUUGACAUUCCUAGCUGGCACUAUUUCCAUUCGGUCGCCACAAAGUUUGCGUUGAAGCAAUGCUCGAACAUCCAAGCCUUGGACUGGAUGGACGCGGUUGACCAACGACACGAUCAGAUGGGGCAAGUCUUUGUGGAGAGCAUCAAAUAUGAACUUGAGCAGCGGGGAAUUGACAGCACCGGCUAUGUCAUUGAUAUCACAUCAAGGACUAACCCAGCUGCUCUCUUGAUUCGAACGGCACUUGAGCACGGAGAAAACCCUUCAUUGGACGCUAUUCUCGCCGCCUUGGACUCGGAAAGAGACGGGUGCUGGAAGCAAUUCUACGAGAUGAUCCCCAUCAAAGAACGUCCCACAAACCUUGACCAGCUGGGCUAUCUCUACUACGUAUAUGAAGCAACCAAGCCGUCUCUCGUGGAACGCCAAGCUGAACCGACACGCCCGGUAUCCAACCAAACCAAGAAAGUCAACUUGUCAAAAAAGGCAUUGAAGAAGCGAAAACCUCGCCGCUUGAUCAUCAGCAUUGAUGACUCUGCGGAACGUCGUAUUUACUCCCGAGCUCAAAGGAUACUCAGCAAGAUCCGACAGUGUAGCGACAAGCCGGAGACUUUCUUGGUAGAGUCAUAUGUUUGUAGGAGGUUUCUGAUCAAUGGAAAUCAGGAUAGAGCGCGACUAGGUCGGUUAGAUCCUGUUCCUGACAUUCCAGCUCACACUGAUUCUCAGCAUGAGACUGUUCUACCUCAUAACGUUGUACGGGAGCUGUAUGGCGAUGAUUGUGCUCUCAAUCUCCAAAAGUGGCUUCGGGAAGUGGGCCUUUGA